AUGGAGCAUGACUCCGACAAAUUCGUGCAAAAGUACCAUCAGUGUCAGAUACACGGAGAUCUGGUCAAGGUUCCACCCACAGAGUUAUACGCGAUGAGCUCGCCUUGUCCAUUUUUGGUAUGGGGAAUGGACGUCAUAGGACCCAUCGAGCCUCCAGCCUCCAAUGGACAUCGCUUCAUUUUAGUCGUCAUCGACUACUUCACUAAAUGGGUAGAGGCAACUUCUCACAAGUGGGUGACUAAGAAAGUCAUGGCUGCCUUUGCCAAGAACAAUCUAAUAUGUCGCUUCAGUAUACUUGAAUCCAUCAUCACAGAUAAUGGUGCCAAUCUGAACAGCCAUUUGAUGAAGGAUAUCUGUGACCAAUUCAAGAUAACCCACAGAAACUUUACCGCCUACCGGCCACAGAUGAAUGGAGCUGUAGAGUCUGCCAAUAAGAACAUCAAGAGGAUCUUGAGAAAGACAAUCGACAUUUACAAGAAUUGGCACGAGCAGUUGCCUUAUACUUUAUUGGGGUACAGGACAGAAACUCGAACUUCCACCGGGGAAACCGUGUACCUUCUUAUAGAAGUAAUCUUACCCGCAGAAGUGGAGAUCCCUUCACUCAGGAUCAUCCAAGAGACAGGGCUGAAUGAUGCAGAAUGGAUCAAAAAUCGCCAUGAGCAACUAGCCAUGAUAGAUGAAAAACGAAUGGUGGUGGUUUUUAACAGGGCAGCAGGCACAUCAUCAACCAGGCUUGCUCACAGCAAAGGCGGAAAGCAAACUCAGUCAGGCGGCGAAGUACCAGAGGUCGCAACAGAGAAUAGGCGGUAA